AUGGCAGACUCUGUUUUGAAGGAUCUUAACUUUCGCUCUCUUAAGAUUCCGAAGUUGCACGAAGGAGCGAAAUCGUCUUCGCAAUCGUCGUCGAAACAGCGCGUGCUCAAGGGCGGCGGAGGGGAUGAUGAUGAGUAUCUCCGACAGUACUUGCUGUUUCACUACCAGUUCGAGAAAUCCGAGGGUUUCACGAUAAAUUGGGAACAGUUUGAUUACGUAUUUCGUAGUAGCUCUUUCGAUGACUCAUAUCCUUUUAGCGAUACAAAGAGCAAUGCCGAAUUGAUCCGUGAGAUGACACUCUCUGCCAUUGAGAAGCACAACGAAGCUGAGGGAACAAAAAUUGUGUUUGUCGAACACAUAAUGGCAAAUUUCCAAGUUCCCUCUGGUCUUCUCUGUUGGUUAACAUUCUGGGCUAGAGACAUGAAUUCGUCCAGUCCAGAGUCGAAAAUCUAUCAAGCAAAAGCGUGGCGCCGUGGAAAACUGUUUAAACUUUACAUUUUUAGGCUCAAACCAACGGACAAAGAGAUUGAUUCUAUUGAAGUGCAACCUCCCUCUCCCAUGCGUGCUGACUUUGAUAAACCACCUAUUUCUUUUGCCCGAGCUGGUCCUGAAGAUGGAGUCCCCUUUGUCUUCGAUCGAACUGGUGCUGGUGUUGAUCCUGAUAGGUUUACCCCGGGCUGGUGAUGAAGAUGUUGCAACCUUUUGUUCUCAAUCCAACUAGAGCUGGUCGUGAUCCU